AUGGCGGACUUGAAAAUCGCCGCUUCUAGCUUUAUCCCAGAAGAAGAGAAAAUCUUCUUCCAAAAAUGGAAUCGUCUGAAAGUGUCUGUCUCCGGCCUUUUCAACUCCUUCGACGAGCUGGAGUGCAUUUGGGACGAACUGAAAGAAGAAUCGAAAACCAAGGAAACGCGAGUCCAAAACGUGGCAGUUCAAAACAAGCCGCCAGAAGUGGAAAAAGAAGAAGUCGGAGUUCAAACCGACCCAAUUAAAAAGAACGAAGAACCUGUUCUAGAUUGGAAAUCCCUCGUCGAGGAAACCUACAACUACAACAACGAAGAAACAACGCGAAAAAUCUCGAUUCAAAGCUGGUCGCCUUCGCGCAGCCGCAGCCCGACUCCAGACUCGCUCAAUUCGAAGCUCCGCGAAAUCAACGAAAACAAGAAACCAAUUCAAACAGAAAAGAUCUCAGUCGUUCCGGAAGAAGAGGAGAGUCAAGAAGAGAACUCACAGGAGCCACCAAGCCUUGACGACAUUAUACCCGACCUGGAAGAAGCGCCGAAUUCUUCGAUUGAGGAAAUACCAAUAAAUGAAGAAUUAUUCGAAAACAGCAUCGUCCCAAAAAUCGAGAAAGAAACAACUCCUGAAAAGAAAGAAGCAAGAAAAUCGAUCGGACUUUCGAAAACUCUUCCAGUCUCCUCCGCCCCGAGGACCAGGAAGGCCGAGAAAAGAGCAAAACGCAAACGAGCUGACGAUCAAAGGGAAAACACAACUUCAAAAAUACAAGCGAAAAUCGGCGCCAGGGAGGACUUUUCCCGAAAAACUCAAGUCAAAAGGUCGCGGAGAAUAGAAGACACCAUCGCUCAAAUUCGGCGAACACGUGACAACUCCUUUCUGACUUCCGUUUCUGCUCUUUCCAAACGAACUGGCGAGCCAGCCGCGUCGACCAGGAACGGGCGGCCGACACCACCUCCGACGCCGCCAGCGAACCAGGCCGAGAACUGCUUCACUUCCUACGAAAUGGAGAUCUUCAAUCAAGUCCUGCACGACCAGAAGGCCUUUGCUUCUUAA